GAAUUCUCGAAAUUGGUUGUUUCUUUGCCACCAAUACUUUAGUGCCUUGCCUACGAUUUUCGCUCACUGCUUCUAUCUCCACAAGUCCCAGCCAUUUAUUUAGCGGUGACACCUAUCCCCGUUAUCUACCUUACAUCCCAUGUCUCACUCCCAGAACCACCACAAUAACGGCGGCUACAACCAGUACCGUGGCGGGUACCUGAACCAGCCCAGCCGCUACCAGGGGCAGUACCGUGGCAACGGAGACUACCAGGCGUCGUAUUCUUCUAGCCACCAGAAUAGCUAUCAGGGGAACAACCAGUACGGUGCUGGACCUCGUGCGUACCAGGGCGCGCCCCAGAGCCACGGGGGCUAUCAGCAGGCGCACGACAAGUUCCAGUUAUGGAUGGGCGAACUAGACCAAUGGUGGGAUGAAAACGCCAUCAAGCAGAUCUGGAGCGCGUUCGGCGAGACGGCCUCCAACGUCAAGUUGAUCAGGGACAAGACCCAUAACGGCAAUGCCGGUUACUGUUUCGUCAGCUUCGCCACCCAGGAGGCUGCCCAGUCUGCGCUUUUGAAGAACGGGCUUCCAAUCCCCGGCACCGCCAAGGUCUUGAAGUUGAACUGGGCUUCUGGUGGGGCCCCUGGGGCUUCUACCGGAACGUCCGGAUACGCCCCAAGCAACGGCCCAGCGUCCGAGUAUGCCAUCUUUGUGGGAGACUUGCAGCCUGAUGUUGGCGACAAGAAGUUGUACGACCUUUUUAUCUCCAAGUUUCCAACCUGUGUGAGCGCAAGGGUCAUGACGGACCAGGUCACUAACAACCCUAAAGGCUACGGGUUUGUCAAGUUCACCGCAGAGGCCGACCAGCAGCGCGCUUUGAAUGAAAUGAACGGCUUCAUGCUCUCGGGUAGACCAAUCAGAGUCUCUACGGCGGCUUCCAAGAAUCAACAGCAGCAGCAGCAGCACUACCAACUGCACCACACGCUGUCCUAUGGCAGUGGUGCUAACACCGGUUCUUUGGGGUCUGCCGCUGCCUACGUUUCAGCCACAUUGCCAAUUUUCCACCAGCAGCAGCCCCAGUUGACCCAGCACACCGAUCCUAAUAACACCACCGUAUUCAUCGGGGGGUUGUCCAACCUAGUUUCCGAGGACGAGUUGAAAAGCUACUUCAGGCCGUUUGGCGAUAUCAUCUACGUGAAGAUUCCCGCGGGAAAGUCAUGCGGAUUCGUCCAGUUUGUGACUCGCCCAGCCGCUGAGUUGGCCAUCACCCAGAUGCAGUCCUUCCCAAUCCACAACUCCCGCAUCCGAUUGUCAUGGGGCAGAUCCAACUUCCAAAACCUGCCGGUCGUGGACACCAAGACCCAGUACAAGGCCCUGAAACCCCAACCGUUGAUCUACGGUCAGUACCCGUCCUCUCCCAGCUACGAGGGCAACAUCUUGUCCGACGCCUUCAAUCAACAGUCCCCUGCCGUGGAAGAACAGAGAAUGAUGCAGAGAGUAGUGGAGCCGACGGAACCGCUUGAGAACGACAGAUUGAACGCCUUGUACUUGGCCGCCAGGGACGGCAGAUUAGACAGAUUGGAGGCCAAUGGCGAUUGGGCUAGUUUUUGCUUAGGGGCCGUCUAGGGGGAGCCAUCUAUGUUACACUCCAUCAAUUACUGUUUCACAGCACUUUGUCUGACGGGUGCUGCCAUUUGUUCACGGAAGCUAAAUGCCCUGUUACCCUUCCCCGUUGUUACUUUCCAAGUUCAUUCUACCUUGCCGACAUCUAACGACUUUACAUGCAUAUUGCCCUAUUCCGUUUUCUUUCAUUUGUUCAUAUGUCCUACUUUUUUUUUCUCAGUUAUUUUGACGCUUCGGUGCUUUACUUUCUCGAUUUGCUAUUUUACUACCUUUUUGAUACACAUGCCUCGCUACUAUUGUUUUUUUUUGUUUCUCUACCGGUUAUCUCACUAUGAUUAUAAUACACUUGCACCUAUUUAGACGCCUUAUUUAAUAAAAAC